AGCACAUGGGAGAGGUUUGGCUUCAGGAAGACCUUUCUGCCUGACACGCAGCAAGUUGUGUUUCAUAAACCUAACCUAGUUGUGUUGCCUAAACCUAACCAGUAGUAGCCUAGUUGUGUUACCUAAACCUAACCAAUAGGCCUAGUUGGGAUUACCUAAACCUAACCAAUUGUUUUGUUACCUAAACCUAACCAAUAGUUGUGUUGCUUAUAGUUUAUAACAAUCUCAACAAUCUCAUAGCGGACUCAUCACCUUCAGGCAGAACGUGUACUCCCGUGUGCACAACGCGCGUUCCCGCGUCACUAGGGGAUGGCUCAAUGAAUCCCUGACAGCCUGCCGCGCAAUCACGUGUUUUCUCAGAAAGUUAGAAAGAGAACCGAAAGCCCCUCUUCUUCCAGUUGCCACCAACACGCAGCAGUUUAACUCAUCUCAGCAAACGAGCAAUAACAGUCGAUAGAAAGUAAAAUGAGCGAGCAGAAUUCAGAGAAGAGAUAUGAUCCGGAAGACACCACUCUUAAAUUUGUCAACAGACCAGAUGACUUAGACCCGCUUCCACCUGAGGACGGGGUCGAGCGGCCAAGAGCGCAGAUGUCUUGCGGUCACGCCGUCACGCCACAAUCUCUGACCGGGUGGUGUCGCAGUUUGCUGGACCAGGGCCAGUACACGUUUAACUGCCCUGCCCUUGCGGUGGGUACAGUGCCGUGUGGUGCAGUGUGGGAUUAUACAGAGGUCCGCCGGCUGGCCUUACUGACAGAAGAAGAGAUGCUGGACUUUGAAAUGACAUUGGGCCGUCUAGCUGCCGCACAGUUUUGUGACUUUAAAGCAUGCCCUGGCUGUAAAACCUACGUGGAAAGAGAAGAGUUAGACAAUCUCUGUUUCGACUGCACUAUCUGUGAGGAAAGCAGUAAGCCCACCAAGCAGUUCUGCUGGCAGUGUCUGAAGCCCUGGAAGGGGAGGGCGCCGCGCAGCGACAGCUGCGACAACGACGACUGCUCAGACAAGGAUCUGGAUCUGCUGAAAGGGUGUGGCACCAUCACGCUGUCCCAGGUGGCGGGGGUGGGGCCUGUCCCUUCCGUCCGGGCCUGCCCCACCUGUGGCAUAAAGGUGGAGCACGACCAGACCGGCUGCAAGAACAUCCUGUGCCCACGCUGCAAGGUGGAGUUCUGCUUCGUGUGUCUGAAGCUCAAGAUAGAUUGCCUGGAGACCAGUAACUAUUUCACAGCCUGCAGCAGCGGCAUCGCACCGAGGCAGACCGCCAUGCCAAUAUGGAACAGAAAAUAAUGCUUUGUUUGUUUUAUCAUUCAUGUUGCCUUAUAAAAUGAUUAUACGACAAUAAAACGUUGUAAUGCAAUGCA